AGUGUGUCCACAUCCACAUCCACAAUCAUCCCGCCCUUAAGUCUCGCCCCACACACACACACACACACAUACACAGUGAGAGUGGCUGUAUCUGCGGCCAGCGAUGCCGAACUGAUCCCUCAUCCCGAAUCUGUGGGGAAAGAAUAUAUAAAAAUAUAUAUAAACAGUGUGGAAUAACGGCGUAUCGACGGUGCUGUGUUCUCUCAGUGAGACAGGAGUGUUAGCUUAAAAGCUAAUCUUACUCAGCGCUGGGGAAAGUUUGCGCGAGGACCACCUUCUGCGCGCGCGCGUGUGUGUGUAUGUGUGAGUGAGUGUGUGUGUGUGUGUGUUUUUCUCUCUAAACCAAAUUUCAUACGGAAAGUUCGGGAAUGUCGCUGUCGGUACCGCAGAACGGACAGGGCGAUAACGAACCCGUUAUCGAGCUUUUUGUCAAGGCGGGCAGUGAUGGAGAGAGCAUAGGGAACUGUCCCUUCUCCCAGCGUCUCUUCAUGAUCCUGUGGCUGAAGGGAGUGGUGUUUAACGUCACCACCGUCGACCUGAAACGGAAACCAGCGGAUCUUCAGAACCUGGCUCCGGGAACGCACCCUCCAUUCGUCACGUUCAACGGCGAGGUCAAGACUGACGUUAACAAGAUCGAGGAGUUCCUGGAAGAUGUGCUCUGCCCACCCAAGUACGCUAAGCUCAGCGCCAGACACCCCGAGUCCAACACCGCGGGGAUGGACAUCUUCGCCAAGUUCUCCGCCUACAUCAAGAACUCCAAACCGGACGCCAACGAGGCUCUGGAGCGAGGUCUUCUGAAGACGCUGCAGAAGUUGGACGAGUAUCUGCGCUCUCCCCUGCCAGACGAGAUCGACCACAACAGCAUGGAGGACGUCAAAACGUCCAGCCGCAAAUUCCUGGACGGAGACGAGAUGACGCUGGCCGACUGCAACCUGCUGCCCAAACUGCACAUCGUCAAGGUGGUGGCGAAAAAGUACCGAGGCUUUGAGAUCCCUAAAGACAUGACGGCCGUGUGGAAGUACCUGAGCAGCGCGUACUCCCGCGACGAGUUCACCAACACCUGCCCCAGCGACAAGGAGAUCGAGAUCGCUUACGCCGACGUGGCCAAGAGGCUCGUCAAAUAAACGCCUUCACCAGAAGAAAAAAAAAAAAAAUCCCCUUUUUUUCCUCUUUUUUUUUUUUUUUUUAAAACCCCCAACACUGGGACUUCUUUAUUUUCACACGGGAAAAAAAAAAAAACAACUACAGACUCUUUUUUUUUUUUCUGUUUCUUUAGAGUAUAAUAACCCAGUGCAUGACGUAUAGAAAUAUAAAUAUAUAUAUAUUUUCUUCCUUAUUCACACUUUCUACAUUUGAAGGUUAAAUCUGUCGAAUCCUAUUUAACCUUUUUUUUUUGUUUUGUUUUGUUUUUGUAUCACAUGAGAAGUGCAAGUGUUAACGAGUUAACGAGUGUGUAUUGGUACAGCUCGGUUAUAGCUCACACACACACACACACACACACACACACACACACUCCUCUUCCUGUAGCAGCAAAAGAGUGUGUAUCUACCAGCCUUUUAUGAUUUAGGUAAAAAAAAAAAAAGCUUUUCUAAGCUUGCACAGCGAGCAUUUCUGAAGCCUUUCUGACAAAAUCAUCUAAACAGUGUUGGAAGCUCCAGUGUUUGUUUUUUUUUUUUUUUUUGAGAGCGCUUCGUCGUGCACUGACCGCUUAUCAGACUCCGACAUGAAGGUAGACCUUUAAAUUGAAAUUUCUAUCUUUUUUUUUUUGUUUUCUUUUUCUACAGAUAUUACUAACGUUUUCAUUUAAACUCCGCCCACCUGCCUCACUUUUUUUUUUUUUUUAAUUAAAAACCACACAGCAGGUGAAGCAGGUCAGCCCAUCAUUUCAUUAAUUUCAGGUGUGCUUGAUCGUACUUUAGACGUAAGAAAAGGGAAGAAGAAGAAAAAAUAAAAGUAGUUGAUAGUUUAGAAAUGAAUGCUAACGUGUUGAUUGUGUGGACAGGGUGCCAAAACUUUUGUAGAUGAGACGAAGGUGACGAGAAGUCCUGCGAAUCAGAAGACGAGCUCAAUGGGACCGAUGAUUUCUUUCUUUUUUUUUAAUUUUUUUUUUCUGUUGACAUACACAUCCAACUUUUUUUUUUUAAACAACCGAUCUAAAAGCAGACUUUCGAGUUCUCUGACCACCUUUUUUUUUAAAAAUUUUUUUAUUUUGAAACAUUUGAAUGUAGCUGAACGAAGGCCUUACUCAGGUGCACGAGUUUUAAUACGACACCUCCUCCGGCCUUAAUCAUUUUCUUACAGCGCCGUGUGUGAUUCAGCUUUGUAUUAUUAAACGUCAGUAAAGAAAAAGGGGGGAAAAAAUAUUGCAAAUCAUCGGCGUCCAAGAAAAACAAACUGAUUGUACUCUAGAAAAAAAAAGAAGUAGUGAUUAUAUAUUAUAUCUAGAAGGACAAAAUUGCAGCAUUGUUCUUUUUUCUAAUAUUGGUUGGAUUGCAUUUUGGAUUGAAUAUUUGGUUUUUUUUGUUAGUAAUUUGAAAUAAAGAGGUACAAAAGUGCAUUUUUUUUUUCAUAAAUAUAUUUUUUUCUUGUUGGAACUGUUCCAUUAUCACAGUACAGUGAGCUGAUUAAGAACAUUUCUACUCACACAUGAAUGAAUAACACGUCUGGAGAUUUAUUCCACCUCAAAACUAACGAGCUUCAAAGCAAAGUGGAGCUUUCUGUGUUUCUGAGUAUCUGUGCGUUUACACAGCCACGAUGUUGAUCAGGAUUCAGAAGGAAAAACACGACACCACACGCUCCAGCAGUGCAGAUUUUAGAUCCAAACAGCUGGAACAUCUGGAGCUGGAAAAAAAAAGCCUUAUUUUGUUCAAGAGCUUAAAAAGUGGCUUUAAUGAUUUAAAGGUGCAGUCUGUAAUUUUUUUAUGAUCUGUGAUGAUCAUUUUAAAGAUGCUGUUGAUAAAUUCGCAGUUCAUCUACGAUCAAUUUCCCAACACAAAGAUCGUCGUUAAACGGUGAAGCAGAGGCGUCAACGUUGACCCGUUGCUACGGUGAUGUGGGAGACAAUCUCCGCUAAAAUGGUUCAAAACAAACGCAAAAAUUACGUUUUUUUCUUCCACUAAGAUUUUCUUGUUAGCAAUAUUAACAAUUUUGGUGCCUCUGUGGUAAAGCGAGCAUCACACUGAUCUCUCUCUCUCUCUCUCUCUUUCUCUCUUUCUCUCCCGCUCUCUCUUCCUCUCUCUCUCUCUCUCUCUCUCUCUCUCUCUCUUGCUGUCUACCAGUUUAAAUGAUUUUAACAUUACCAUACUUUGUUAAAAGUGAAUCCUGGCUACUUUCUCCAUUUCCAAACCAGAACAAGACUGUCAGCUCCGCCCAUUUUUCCAUUUCUUGGACAUGCAGCAAAGGGCUCUAAACUUUACAAACUGCUCCUUUAAUCUGAGAUAUAAUCUUUAAAAUAAUUUUGAAAAUAAUCACAAAUCUGUUAUAUUUUUAAAAGAAUGAAGAAGACUUGAAUGCAUGAAUCUGGGGGGAAAAACGAGCAAUUUUUUUUCUUUUGUAGUGAAAACAAAAUGUUGAUGUUUCUCCUGCUAGAAAGUUCUUAGUACGAAUUUUUUCUCACGCUCUCGACCUGGCCCGUCAAAACCCGAGCUCAAAAAAUGCUCAAUAUACCGAGAUCUAAUGAAGAAAAAGAAUGCUGUGAUUUGAGAUGUUCCUCGUCCCACACCGUGAGGAAUUCGGAUUCUCUGAACUGAAUCAUGUGCCUUCUGAAGAUCUAAAUAUCAGUCCAAUUAUGUAUUUUAUUUUUUUUUUUAAAUUUUUGUUCAGAAAGAUGAGAGAUGUGAACUCUCGUCUCUCACCGUUAUCUGACUCCGAUACUGAAUGUUGAAGGUUUUGGUGCCUUUCUUCUGUUUGUCUGUUUAUGCAUAACACACACACACACACACACACACACACACACACACACACACGUUCCUACACUGCUCAUGGAAACGCUGCAUGUUACGCCAUCUCGCUCUCGUCAAUAAUAAACUGCUGGCAGCUAUGA